GUUGUGUUCGUGUUUUAAAUGAUGACUAAUGAUUACGUGAACACAAUAAAGUACUUUAUGUGCGACCAUCCUAUAAUUCAGUUAUAUAAUUCAAUUAUGUGGAAUAUGAAUUCGUACACCCUUUGUUCUUUGUAAGCAAUUUAUAAUAAAAUGGCAUCUAUCGCCGAGAAGAAAUAUGACUAUGACAAAGAAGUAGAUGAAGUGUCGACUGAAUCAUCUUCUGCAUCAAAAGAAGAAGCUGGAUCGAUCGGGGUAUUCGAUUUUUAUAUCUGGACAGUAAUACCAGCUAUUGGGAUUUUGUUUUGUUUUAUCCACACCGAACAAGAGCAUUUUUGGAAAUGGACAGGCGAGACAAUUAGCGAUGCACAAUCUCUGCAGUCAAAAGUGGUUGUUUCUGUGAUAUCUACUGUUAUCGGUGGCUGUGUUGUAGCGACUCUUAUGAAAGCUAUUGCGAGUGUUUCUUACACUAUGAUCAGAUACCAAGGGGCAAACUUCUCUCAUCUAGUUGCAAUUAUCGGUGGGCACACUCCUGGACAAAUACCAAUGCUCGUUGCAGGAAAAAGGUGGUUUAGCAUCAUUUUAAUUAUCCUGAUUUUAAUUAUUAGUGCGGUGACCAAGCAGCUAGCUGUUGUAUCCAUGGGUGUAGAUCGUAUUUCUUUAGACAUUGGCUCAUCCAACUAUGCUAUACGAAACUAUUCCACGUGUGCAGCAACAAAUGCAGUAGAUGCUAUAGGCGGAAUAUUUCCGGUCUUGGCGUUAGAUGCUUUCAACAGCUUAAGAAAUCCAAAUACUACAUUCACAAAUGAAAUCUAUGACCGCAGUAUUCCAGACACUUUGCUUGGACAGUCUAUCUUUGAACGUGUUUUGCCUUACGCAAAUGUUUCAUGCAAACUCGUAAAGUAUCAAGAAGGCUUUAGCCGCUUUAAUCCGGAGUUGGGUACGAUCCCGUCAUCUAUAAAUAAGAAGUAUCCCUCCCCAUGGGCUGGAACUGUGUCUAUACCUUAUCAUGAUGAUUAUGGUAUGGCUGGUGUUCCCACUAAUUCCGUCAACUGCUCAAUAUAUAUAGGAUAUGCUACAGCACUAACAUCGUGUAAUAACACGUACUGCGACACAAAAAAGAUAACAAAUAUAAUUCGCUAUGAAGACGAUGCUUAUAACGGCGGCUUACCAAUGUUAUUUAAAUAUAUGUUUGAAGCAGUACAACGAAAUGGAAGCAUGUAUCGAAAUGUGUUAAUGACUUGGAUAUCUGGUGGAGGUAUUAAUGAUGUAUAUAGAGGCGAUCGAUUUAUUGAUGGAGAAAGUCUAGAAACAAUUACAAGUCGACUCGAAAGUAUGGCGACAGUUGCUGCUCGGGUCUUGUGCGAUUAUAAUAAUGAGGAUAUGACAGAAAACCACGAUAUUAGUUACACGACAUUUCAGUCUCGUAUACUGCACAAUUGUUAUGUAUACCAUGUUUUAUGGAAAUGGCCAUUCUGGGUACUUGCUGGCUGUAUUUUUAUCUUAUGGUUAGCGAGCAUGGUCGCCAUGCGAAUCACCCCCGAGAGCAGGGUAAUUUCAGUUGAGUGGCUGCUUAGUCAAUACUUUACAAAGGACCGUCUUGGAUAUCUCUCAGGUGGUCAACUAGUGAAGGCACACGAAGGAUCCAUUUUUCAGGUUGUGGAUUUGAAGGCGGAUGCUGAAAUUGGAAACAUUGCUAUUUCGGAUGCCCGAUAUCACAAAUAUGAAGCCAAUAUUAAUGUUGUCCAUGGAAGAAAAUACCAAUAACGAUAGUAAUUUGAUUACUACGCUGGUCUUAGUAAUCUACAUCAAUAAAUAAAUACAAAUUCAUAAGUG